UGUCAAGGUGAAGGACGCGAAAAUGGAAAAACAGAAAUGACACAAAAAUUAAUAUACACAGAUUUUUAUGCUUAUUAAACAAUGACUGAAAAAGAAUUCGCCACAUCAGACAAUGUUGUAGAGUCAACAGGCAACUCAAUUGAUGCAUUAAUUCAGGCAAGUUCUAUGAUACAAGAUGACAACAGAGAUAACCCAUCACCAUGCCAGACAAGUUUUGAAGAACAAAGGGAACUAGAUCGUUCAUAUAUACAUGUACAACAAAAUGAAGAAAAACAACAGUCACCACAAUCAACACAGAGUUCGUCACCACAGAACUUGUCGCAUGACACUGGUUAUCAAAACAGCGAUGCAAGUUUUGAAGACAGUCGAAUUGGAUAUGAUUCCAUUAAAAUGGAUGAUGGGGAAAAUAAUGACGAUUUCCCAUACCAGUACAUGGACUCGUCACCUGAGAAUGUUUUAGAUAUGAGAACAGGUUCACCAAAUAGAUUCUACAAAUGCAGAUUUUGUCCAUUUACAGCAAGUACAUAUACACAACUUCAACUUCAUAUGCCUAAACAUGGAGGUGUGAAGGCAUUGAAAUGUUCAUUAUGUGACUAUACAACUAAUGACAAAAGCAAUUUUCGUCGCCAUAGGAGAUUACAUAUGGGCAGCAAUCCUGUUAAUGUACUAAAGUGUAGUAAAUGUGCCUACACAACCAUUCUCCCAAGAAAAUUUCGUGAUCACUGCUUACAAGCUCAUAAUGACAGAAUUGAACCAGCAAGAGUGCAUCAUUUUGAAACAUCGCCAUACCAACCACCAAGUUUUCACCAAACCCCGUUGCAAAUUGAUACCUUGGAUCUCAGUGCUCAUGGUCAGCCAUCACCAUCAAAUUCAAACAUGACAGCAACUAAUGCAUUGCAUUCAUUACUAUCAGGCAUCCAUCCAACACAAUUAUCGUAUCGACCACAAAACAAUCCAACAUUACAAACCCAAUGUCUCAAUCAAUUUAGCAAUUAUGUACCACAAGUUCAACGUCAAACCGAAGAAAAUCACAUGGCAUCAAACUACUUAAGAUCUAUUGUCUCAUCCAUUAUGAACACCAACAUGCCACCGAGGGUGCCUGUCACAAGUACCAUGACCUCAUCUGGUUAUUUUCUACCUAGAACUACUGAGGUACAUGGUGAAUGUCAGUCCUCAUGUUUAUCAUCAAAUUACCAAAGUACUUUACCAAGCUCAAGACAAGUAAAAGUAAAAAUAGAACCCCGAGAUUAUGAUGAAGCUACUGAUUUACAUGUGUCAAGUUCCGGUCCUCCCUACAGAGGACCAAAGGAUCUGUCACAUCGGAUAAACAUGCAACCCUACCAACAAAGACUUGUUGAAACAUUUGAGAAUAAUUCACAAAAUGAGUCAUCAAACUGCAUGGACAGCAUCAGAACAAAUUCUACUGAUUCAUCAUCAUCGCAACAGGAAGUUAGAUCAAGUGCAGACAAUGUUGUCAAUACAACAGUCAAAUCAGAAACUACAACAAUAGGUGUGCAAUGCGGACUUCACAAAUCUGAUUCAUUAAUAGAAAUUUCACAAAUUCAACCGAGUGUGGACUGUGGUAUUCAGUGUGAACUGAUGCAUCAGUCAAGGGUGGUAGCAGCUGAAUGUCCAGUCAAAGAAAACACUUGCGGUCACUGUGGCAUCACAUUUGAUGAUGAAGUUUUGUAUUCUAUUCAUAUAGGGUGCCAUAGCCACACUGACCCAUUUGUGUGUAAUGUGUGCGGGAAACAGUGCUCUAAUAAAUACGGCUUUUACUCUCAUAUAAUGAGAGGACAUCACUAUUAAGUCAAGAAAACAUUAUGUUGUGUUUCUGGCAAUAGAUGUAAUUACAAACCUAAAAAUAAAUAUCAGUCAUUUUGACUGUUUUUUUAACUGCAGCAUCCCAUUUUUGUUAGUAUGGAAACCAAUAGAAACCUAGGGUUUAAUAUUUCCGAUCUGUAUUUUUUAUUGCUAGAGAUUUCUUCUUUUUUCCCUCUAUUAAAUAAGUAUUAUACAAAGGAAAAGUCAUAACACAAGUUUUUCUGUUGAAAUCAAAUUAUUAGUUUUGACAUUUAAUGCUGACAAUAACCAGUUCCAAUUUGGAAUGUCUUAAAAGAAUGAAAUUUUAUCAUGUUUAUAUACAAUAUUAUUUGCAAUAAAAACAAUUUAGCCAUUAUUUAGAAAUAACAUGAGGAAUCCAACACUUCAAAAGAGUGUGUAACUUGGAAAUGUCAGACACCAUUGACAAAGCUUGUCUGAAUUAUAUAUAAUAGGAAAUGCCUGAGGGUGUUACAAGGGAAAUAAAUAUCUUGCAUUCUUUUUGUUUGAUGUUUAACGAUUACAUCGAUACAUUCAAAAAAAAUUUAAAUUCGGGAAAUGAUGCGUAUAUGCUGUCUCAACCAGGAGUUUGGGUGAGUCAGAAAUAUUUCAGUCCAUAUAGAAACCACAGGGUGAGAAAACAGGGUCUGUUGGGGAACUUGAAACACAACAUUUAUUUUUGCUUUAAAUGCUGCUUUAUGUGGAGUUAUCUUUUUCAACUUUAAUGUUAUACAAAUUUAUUACAUGUUUUAGAAAUUUAUUUUUUUUAUUUGAAAUAUACAUUGUACCUUUAUUUUUAUUUUUAUCUAGAAAAUUUAUGACUAUGUAUUACAAUUAAAAAAAUAUAAAACUUUAAAAAAAAA